UCAGAUUGUCAUUCAAGUAGUAACUUAACUGAGGGUAAUGACAUUUAUGAUUUUGGAUUACUUAUUAUGGAGAUUGUAUCAGGAAAAAUCCCUUCAUACCACAGUCAAACACAGACUCAUAUAGUGGACUGGUUCAAAUCAAUGAUUUCCAAUGGGAAGAUUGAGAAUGCAACAGAUCCAAAAUUGCUUAAAAUGCUUUCUUCCAAGGCACUUAAACAGGUUGCUUUGGUUGCUCUUAGAUGUGUAGAUCCUGAAAUGAAUCCUAGACUCAAGAUGAGAGAUGUUGUUUGCAUGCUUGAAACCAACAUUCUUCUCUUUGAGUUCCCUCUUCCUCAUUUAUUGAAGGAACGACAAAUUUCCAUGAAGACUUUAGAACGCAUUCACUCUCCAGAGAAUCAGAAAAAAUAGAUGAUACCA